AUGGAAGGAGAUGAGCGUCACGUGCUGCUGGCAUGCGUGAUUUCAGGGACCCUUUUCUCGGUUUUGGGUUCAGCUUCAUUUUCUAUACUAUGGCUUGUGAAUUGGAGGCCGUGGAGGAUCUAUAGUUGGAUCUUUGCCAGGAAAUGGCCAGAUAUCUUCCAUGGACCUCAGUUGGAUAUAGUAUGUGGUUUCCUGUCUCUCUCCGCAUGGAUACUUGUCAUUUCUCCAGUUCUAGUACUGAUCAUAUGGGGAAGCUGGUUGGUUAUAAUAUUGGAUCGACAUAUAAUUGGUCUGGCUGUAAUAAUGGCUGGUACUGCUCUUCUAUUGGCUUUCUAUUCAAUCAUGCUUUGGUGGCGAACACAAUGGCAGAGUUCAAGAGCUGUUGCUAUUCUUCUUCUUCUGGCUGUUGCCCUUCUCUGUGCAUACGAACUUUGUGCUGUAUAUGUUACAGCUGGUUCGAAAGCUUCUCAGCGGUAUUCGCCUUCGGGUUUCUUUUUUGGUGUAUCAGCAAUUGCCUUGGCAAUCAACAUGCUCUUUAUUUGUAGAAUGGUGUUUAAUGGGAAUGGCUUAGAUGUCGAUGAGUAUGUGAGGAAGGCAUACAAAUUUGCUUAUUCUGAUUGUAUAGAAGUGGGCCCUGUGGCCUGUUUACCAGAACCACCAGACCCUAAUGAGUUGUAUCCUCGACAAUCUAGCAGGGCUUCACAUCUUGGGCUUCUUUACCUUGGCUCACUUGUGGUUCUUCUUGUGUACUCAAUUUUAUAUGGUCUCACUGCGAAGGAGUCACGAUGGCUUGGGGCCAUUACAUCAGCUGCUGUCAUCAUUCUUGAUUGGAACAUGGGCGCAUGCUUGUAUGGGUUCCAACUCCUUCAAAGUCGUGUUGCAGCGUUAUUUGUUGCUGGCACAUCUCGGAUCUUUCUCAUUUGCUUUGGUGUCCAUUACUGGUAUUUGGGCCACUGCAUUAGUUAUGCAGUUGUAGCCUCUGUUUUAUUGGGAGCUUCUGUUUCUCGCCAUUUAUCUGUGACGAACCCAUUGGCUGCAAGGAGAGAUGCCUUGCAGAGCACUGUGAUUCGCCUGAGAGAGGGAUUUCGCAAAAAAGAACAAAACAGUUCCUCAAGCUCAUCUGACGGUUGUGGCUCAAGCAUGAAACGCAGUAGUAGUGUUGAAGUUGGUUGCCUUGGUAAUGUUGUUGAAGCAAGUAACAGGAGCACAGCACAGUGCACAGUUGAUGCUAAUAACUGGACUAAUGUUCUGUUACGAACUGCAAGUUCUCAUGAGGGGAUUAAUAGUGAUAAGAGCAUAGAUAGUGGAAGGCCAAGUUUAGCAUUGCGUAGCAGUUCUUGUCGUUCAGUGAUCCAAGAGCCUGAAGUGGGAACCUCCUGUACUGACAAAAAUUUUGAUCACAAUAACACAUUGGCAGUUUGUUCUAGUAGUGGUCUUGAAAGCCAAGGUUGUGAAUCUAGCACAUCAAAUUCUGCGAAUCAACAAACUUUAGAUUUGAAUUUAGCUUUUGCAUUGCAAGAAAGGUUGAAUGACCCUAGGAUAACAUCUAUGUUAAAGAAGAGGGCAAGACAAGGUGAUCUUGAACUGGUUAAUCUAUUGCAGGAUAAAGGAUUGGAUCCUAACUUUGCUAUGAUGUUGAAAGAGAAGAGCUUGGAUCCAACUAUUCUGGCAUUACUUCAAAGAAGUAGUUUGGAUGCUGAUAGAGAUCAUCGUGACAAUACAGAUAUCACCAUAGUUGACUCAAAUAGUGUUGAUAAUGCUUUACCCAAUCAAAUCUCUUUGUCAGAAGAACUGAGGCUUCAUGGGCUUGAAAAAUGGCUUCAAUUAUCUAGACUUCUUUUACAUCAUGUAGUAGGUACCCCAGAACGAGCAUGGGUUCUCUUUAGCUUUGUUUUCAUCCUAGAAACAAUUGCUGUGGCAAUUUUUCGUCCAAAGACAAUUAAAAUAAUAAAUGCCACACAUCAACAGUUUGAAUUUGGCUUUGCUGUGCUGCUGUUAUCUCCUGUUGUCUGUUCAAUCAUGGCUUUCCUCCAAUCACUUAAAGCAGAAGAAAUGACCAUGACCUCAAAACCCCGCAAGUAUGGUUUUGUUGCUUGGCUGCUCAGCACUUCUGUUGGAUUGUUGCUUUCCUUCUUGAGCAAAUCAUCAGUUCUUCUUGGAUUGUCCUUGACUGUCCCAUUCAUGGUGGCAUGCCUUUCUGUUGCCAUUCCUAUAUGGAUCCGUAAUGGCUACCAGUUUUGGGUUCCUCAAUUACAAUGUGCAGGUCCUGCAGGGAACCAUCAAAUCCGUGGAACUAAAGAGGGUGUAAUUCUUGUCUUAAGUACAACAUUAUUUGCUGGAUCUGUGUUAGCUCUUGGUGCGAUAGUAUCUGCAAAGCCCUUGGAUGACUUAGGAUACAAAGGAUGGACUGGUGAACAGAAAAGCUUUACCUCUCCUUAUGCGUCAUCUGUGUACAUUGGCUGGGCUAUGGCUUCUGCCAUUGCUUUGAUGGUUACUGGUAUACUGCCGAUCGUUUCAUGGUUUGCAACAUACCGGUUCUCCCUGUCUUCUGCUGUGUGUGUUGGGAUAUUCACAGUUGUGCUUGUGACAUUUUGUGGUGCAUCCUACAUGGAGGUUGUGAAAUCUAGAGAUGACCAAGUUCCAACAAGUGGUGACUUCCUUGCUGCUUUACUUCCUUUAAUUUGCAGUCCUGCAUUGCUGUCUCUUUGCUCCGGGUUACAUAAAUGGAAGGAUGAUGAUUGGAGACUUUCUCGGGGUGUUUAUAUCUUUGUUACCAUUGGUCUUCUUCUUCUUCUUGGGGCCAUAUCAGCUGUUAUUGUUGUAGUUAAACCUUGGACGAUUGGGGUGGCAUUUCUUUUAGUUCUUCUCAUGAUUGUACUAGCUAUUGGUGCUAUCCAUCACUGGGCCUCAAACAAUUUCUAUUUGACAAGGACCCAGAUGUUCUUUGUUUGUUUCCUUGCUUUUCUUUUGGCAUUGGCAGCGUUUCUUGUUGGAUGGUUUGAAGAUAAACCAUUUGUUGGUGCUUCUGUUGGUUAUUUUUUAUUCUUGUUUCUUCUGGCUGGGAGAGCAUUGACUGUUCUUCUUUCACCUCCUAUUGUUGUUUAUUCUCCGAGAGUUCUCCCUGUCUAUGUUUAUGAUGCUCAUGCAGAUUGUGGAAAGAAUGUCAGUGCGGCAUUUCUUGUGCUUUAUGGGAUUGCAUUGGCAACUGAGGGCUGGGGCGUCGUUGCGAGUUUGAAAAUUUUUCCACCAUUUGCUGGUGCCUCUGUGUCAGCAAUUACUCUUGUUGUAGCCUUUGGGUUUGCUUUCUCUCGCCCCUGCUUGACUCUCAAGAUGAUGGAAGAUGCAGUGCACUUUCUUAGUAAAGAAACUGUUGUUCAAGCUAUUGCUAGAUCUGCCACCAAGACCAGAAAUGCUUUAUCUGGAACUUAUUCUGCUCCACAGAGGUCUGCCAGCUCCGCUGCUCUUUUGGUUGGAGAUCCCACCGUAAUGCGUGAUAGGGCAGGAAAUUUUGUGCUCCCCAGAGCAGAUGUCAUGAAAUUGAGAGAUCGCCUAAGAAAUGAGGAGUUAGUUGCAGGCUCAUUCUUCUGCAGAAAGAGAUAUGGAAGGACUUUCCGCCAUGAACCAACUAAUGAUGUUGAUCACAGAAGAGAGAUGUGUGCUCAUGCACGAAUAUUGGCUUUGGAAGAGGCAAUUGAUACUGAAUGGGUGUAUAUGUGGGAUAAAUUUGGUGGUUAUCUGCUUCUUUUGCUUGGUUUGACUGCUAAGGCUGAGCGAGUACAGGAUGAGGUACGCUUGAGACUCUUUCUUGAUAGCAUAGGGUUUGCAGAUCUAAGUGCCAAGAAAAUAAAAAAAUGGAUGCCAGAGGACCGCAGGCAGUUUGAGAUUAUUCAAGAGAGUUAUAUAAGAGAAAAAGAGAUGGAAGAGGAACUCUUAAUGCAAAGACGUGAAGAAGAGGGGAAAGGAAAAGAGAGAAGAAAGGCUCUCCUAGAGAAGGAAGAACGCAAGUGGAAAGAGAUAGAGGCUUCUCUGAUUUCUUCAAUUCCUAAUGCCGGCAGCAGGGAAGCAGCAGCUAUGGCAGCUGCAGUGCGUGCAGUAGGAGGUGAUUCGGUUCUUGAUGAUUCUUUUGCUCGAGAGAGAGUUUCAAGCAUUGCACGUCGGAUACGCACAGCUCAGUUGGCUCGUCGAGCACUUCAGACGGGAAUUUCUGGUGCUGUAUGUGUUCUAGAUGAUGAGCCAACAACAAGUGGCAGACACUGUGGCCAGAUUGAUCCCACCAUCUGUCAAAGUCGGAAGAUUAGCUUUUCUGUUGCAGUGAUGAUUCAACCUGUAUCUGGGCCUGUUUGCCUAUUUGGCACUGAGUUUCAAAAGCAAAUUUGCUGGGAAAUAUUGGUAGCCGGUUCUGAGCAAGGUAUUGAAGCUGGACAAGUUGGGCUUAGAUUGAUUACUAAAGGUGAUAGACAAACUACUGUUGCAAAGGAGUGGAGUAUUAGUGCAACUAGUAUUGCAGAUGGAAGGUGGCAUUUGGUAACAAUGACAAUUGAUGCUGAUUUAGGUGAGGCAACUUGUUAUCUGGAUGGUGGUUUUGAUGGCUACCAGACCGGUUUACCAUUGCAUGUGGGUAAUACUAUUUGGGAACAAGGAACAGAAGUUUGGGUUGGCGUUAGACCACCUACUGAUAUGGAUGCAUUUGGGAGGUCAGACAGUGAAGGGGCUGAGUCUAAGAUGCAUAUUAUGGAUGUGUUCCUAUGGGGAAGGUGCUUAACUGAAGAUGAUAUUGCUGCUCUUCAUUCAGCUAUUGGCUCAACUGAUUCUAACAUGAUAGAUUUUCCUGAAGAUAAUUGGCAGUGGGCAGAUUCACCUUCUAGAGUUGAUGAAUGGGAUAGUGAUCCUGCAGAUGUGGAUCUAUAUGACAGGGAUGAUGUUGAUUGGGAUGGGCAGUAUUCUAGUGGGAGGAAACGAAGGUCAGAACGUGAUGGAGUGCUGGUUGAUGUGGAUUCAUUUGCCAGGAGGUUUCGGAAACCUAGGAUGGAAACACGAGAGGAAAUCAAUCAACGAAUGCUUUCAGUUGAAUUGGCAGUCAAAGAAGCCCUCUCUGCUAGGGGAGAAAUACAUUUUACGGAUCAGGAGUUUCCUCCAAAUGAUCAGUCAUUAUUUGUAGAUCCAGAAAAUCCCCCAUCAAAGUUGCAGGUUGUCUCUGAAUGGGUGAGGCCUGCUGAAAUUGUAAAAGAUAGCCGGCUGGAUGCUCAUCCAUGCUUAUUUUCUGGCACUGCCAAUCCUUCUGAUGUUUGUCAGGGUCGACUGGGUGAUUGCUGGUUUUUGAGUGCCGUUGCUGUUCUUACGGAGGUUUCACGAAUAUCAGAAGUGAUUAUUACUCCAGAGUAUAAUGAGGAAGGAAUCUACACUGUUCGCUUCUGUAUUCAGGGUGAGUGGGUUCCUGUUGUUGUUGAUGAUUGGAUUCCAUGUGAAUCGCCGGGGAAACCAGCAUUUGCUACUAGUAGGAAAGGUAACGAGCUAUGGGUCUCUUUAUUGGAGAAGGCAUAUGCUAAAUUGCAUGGCUCCUAUGAAGCAUUGGAAGGUGGGCUUGUCCAAGAUGCUCUGGUGGACCUUACUGGAGGUGCUGGCGAGGAGAUUGACAUGAGGAGUGCUCAAGCCCAAAUUGAUCUUGCAAGUGGUCGACUAUGGUCUCAAUUGCUGCGCUUCAAACAAGAGGGGUUUCUUCUUGGUGCCGGCAGUCCAUCAGGUUCAGAUGUACAUGUUUCCUCAAGUGGCAUUGUGCAAGGUCAUGCCUACUCAUUAUUGCAGGUGAGAGAGGUGGAUGGUCACAAGCUUAUUCAGAUUCGGAAUCCAUGGGCAAAUGAAGUUGAGUGGAAUGGCCCUUGGUCUGACUCAUCGCCUGAAUGGACAGAUAGGAUGAAGCACAAGCUGAAGCAUGUUCCUCAGUCAAAGGAUGGCAUAUUCUGGAUGUCCUGGCAAGACUUUCAAAUUCAUUUUCGAUCAAUAUAUGUUUGUCGUAUCUACCCGCCAGAGAUGCGCUAUUCUGUCCAUGGUCAAUGGCGGGGUUAUAGUGCUGGUGGCUGCCAAGAUUAUGAAACAUGGCAUCAAAAUCCACAGUUUCGAUUGAGGGCCACUGGACCAGAUGCUGCACUUCCAAUUCAUGUAUUCAUUACAUUGACACAGGGCGUGAGCUUCUCAAGAACAGUUGCUGGUUUUAGAAACUAUCAAUCCAGUCAUGAUUCAAUGAUGUUCUACAUUGGGAUGAGGAUACUUAAAACUCGAGGCCGUCGUGCUGCUUACAAUAUAUACCUACAUGAAUCAGUUGGUGGGACAGAUUAUGUCAAUUCUCGAGAAAUAUCUUGUGAAAUGGUUCUGGAUCCAGAUCCAAAAGGUUACACAAUAGUGCCUACAACUAUACACCCGGGGGAAGAAGCACCAUUUGUUCUUUCUGUUUUCACAAAAGCAUCAAUAACCUUGGAAGCCUUGUAG